GUUACUGUGUGUGUGUGUGUGAGUGUGUGUGAGUGUGUGUGUGUAUUUAGAUGGUGGCAGAGGCAGAAACCUAACGUUGCUGACCGGAGACUCGAGUGCAGAGCGGCUUGGCUGAGAGGAGGACAGUUGUUUGUCCUCCAGGGAAUCUGAACCGAGGCUGAGCUACAGACGAGGAAAAGGCCGAAGAGGAGAGAACCCCCCCCCUCACUUCUCUCAUUUCCCUCCUUGGACAGAUGAACUUGCUGGCUGACCACUGGACCAUGUGAGGGUGCUAAAGAGUGCAGCAUCAGUGGGUCUUUGCCAGUGAGUGAGCGUGUGGAGGAGGAGUGCCCAGGAGGAGGAGUGGAGAGGAGGAAUGGGCGUGGGGAAGAACACCACCUGCAAAUCCAUGGACUCCACCGCAGAGCCAGGCAAAUAUGAGGAGGGGAACAAGCACAGCGCCAACUUCUACCCCAUCCCCGUGGUGGUUAACGGGGGGGCUCCAGCUCCUGGAGAUCAGGACACAGAGGACACUGAGCUCAUGGCCAUCUACACUAAAGAGCGCCAGGCCACAGAUAAGUGCUCCUUGUCAGACACAGUGGACAGUACAGAGAGCUCAGAUGCACGCAGAAUGGACAUGAUCUACACCAUAGAAGACACCCCGCCCUGGUAUCUGUGUGUGUUCCUGGGUUUACAGCACUACCUGACGUGCUUCAGCGGAACCAUCGCUGUGCCCUUCCUGUUGGCCGAGGCUAUGUGUGUGGGAUUUGACCAGUGGGCGACGAGCCAGCUUAUCGGCACUAUCUUCUUCUGUGUGGGCAUCACCACCCUGCUGCAGACCACCAUCGGCUGCCGACUUCCGCUGUUCCAGGCCAGUGCUUUCGCAUUCCUCGCACCAGCCAGAGCCAUCCUCUCCCUGGAGAAAUGGAAGUGUAAUGCAACAGAUGUUCCAGUUGUGAACAGCACUGAGCUCCUGCACACAGAACACAUCUGGUACCCCAGGAUACGAGAGAUUCAGGGGGCUAUAAUCGUGUCCUCUCUGGUGGAGGUGUGUAUAGGGGCUCUGGGUCUGCCGGGUGUUCUGCUGAAGUAUAUCGGGCCCCUCACUAUCACCCCGACUGUGGCUCUCAUCGGCCUCUCCGGCUUCCAGGCCGCAGGAGAGCGGGCGGGAAAGCACUGGGGCAUCGCUAUGCUGACGAUCUUUCUGGUGCUGCUGUUUUCUCAGUACGCUCGUAACGUACAGCUGCCGUUCCCCAUCUACAAAGCCAAGAAAGGCUGGACCUCCUACCGCCUGCAGCUUUUCAAGAUGUUUCCUAUCAUCAUGGCGAUACUCGUUUCCUGGUUUCUGUGCUUUAUCUUCACUGUGACGGAUGUGUUCCCUCCUGAAAGGGGAAAGUAUGGCUUCUACGCUCGGACAGAUGCCCGGCAGGGUAUCCUGGCAGCUGCCCCCUGGUUUAAAGUACCCUACCCCUUUCAGUGGGGGUUGCCGACGGUAACCGCAGCAGGGGUGAUAGGGAUGAUGAGCGCGGUGGUUGCCAGCAUCAUUGAGUCUAUUGGAGAUUAUUACGCCUGUGCACGUCUGUCUGCUGCCCCCCCACCUCCUGUACACGCUAUUAACAGAGGGAUUUUUGUUGAGGGUCUUUCCUGCGUGCUGGACGGUUUGUUCGGCACAGGAAACGGCUCCACGUCUUCCAGUCCCAACAUCGGAGUGCUGGGUAUCACUAAGGUGGGCAGUAGGCGGGUGAUUCAGUACGGUGCGGUGCUGAUGCUGCUGUUGGGCACUGUGGGGAAGUUCAGUGCGCUCUUCGCCUCUCUCCCGGACCCCGUGUUGGGGGCGCUGUUCUGCACGCUCUUCGGGAUGAUCACGGCCGUAGGUUUGUCCAACCUGCAGUUCGUCGACCUCAACUCGUCUCGCAACCUUUUCGUCCUCGGGUUCUCCAUUUUCUUCGGCCUGGUCCUGCCCAGCUAUCUCCGGGGAAACCCGCUCGUCACUGGGAUAGUGGAGAUUGACCAGGUGCUGAACGUCCUGCUGACCACAGCCAUGUUCGUGGGAGGUUCUGUGGCAUUUAUUCUGGAUAACACUAUUCCCGGCACUCCAGAGGAGAGGGGAAUCCGUAAGCUGAAGCGUGGGACUGGUCCCAGUGCGUCUGAGCUGGAGGGGAUGCGAUCCUAUGACCUCCCGUUUGGCAUGGACUUCCUCCGGCGCCACCGCAUCUUCCAGCACCUGCCGAUCAGCCCCACCUUCACCGGCUACCAGUUCAGCCUGCUGGGCAGAGCCUGUCAAGAACGGGGCAGCAGGAGGGAGGAGGGUGGGGCCUCCAAGUUAGAGACAGGGGAAAGCAGGGUGUAGAGCUGGAGGGGUCAGAGCGGUGGUCAUAAAAGUCCAGUUGUGGUGACCUCAUACAUGUGUUUUUGUGCAUUGGCUGCUCUACUUCACCUACAUCUACUGUUCAAAAGUUUGGAAUCACAAUACAAUACAGUAAUAACUUAGAUUCUAAUAUGUUAAACCGUACACUUUCAAGUGUUGUUAAAUGAAUAUACUGAAUAUACUUUUAUUGUCUAUUUAUUAAUUUUUGGUCACAUUGUCUGCCUCAAGAUGUGAUCACGUCUGACGAAUGAGGCAUUCUGUUUUUAUUCUGUUCAGUCAUCCAGUCAUUUUAGAACCACUCACAGCUCUGUGUUCAUUAUUUAACUGGACACUACUGCAAUUUCUUAAAGGGAAAUUCCACCAAUUUUUUGAAAUUUCUGUUUAGUUCAGUCAUUGAGAUGUAAAGUCAUUCAGAGUAGUUUGAGGUGAAAUGGUUCAUUGUAGAGAAAC